AUGGAGCAUUCGAGGCGCAAGGCGGAUCAUGGCCGGAAGGACUCGGCGUUGUGGGGUGGUGCCCCCCAAUAUGACUAUGUCCAAUUCGAGCACUGCACCAGUUAUGGGAUCCCAUUGGAGGCGAGCCACGAGACCGGGGGGACUGGGGAUGACGCGCGCUACCAGGAGAAGGCCUUCAACCAUGCUCAGCUCUAUGGCCAGUACACAGACCAGCUCCCCAGCCUUUCUGAGAAGGAAGCAGACCAACUCCUGAGCAAGAAAAAGCCCCAAGGCAAUGGCCAGAGCCCGGUAAAGCAGAGCAGUCAAGCUGAAAUCAAAGAGGAGCGAUACUCCAAGUGCCAUGCCUGUGCUAAAAGCAUCCAGAAGUACAUUACCAAGAAGCUGGGAGAAGACUGGAUAUUCUUGGCUCUCUUGGGCCUUGUCAUGGCCUUGGUGAGCUGGGGGGUGGAUUAUGCCAGCGCCAAGAGCCUGCUAGUUUACAAGUGGAUUUACAAAGAGCUGCACCCGAGCAUCCCGAUGCAGUACCUGGCCUGGGUGACCUACCCCCUCGUCCUCAUCCUCUUUGCCGCCGUCUUCUGCCAGUUAGUCUCUCCGCAAGCUGUGGGCUCUGGGAUCCCUGAGCUCAAAACGAUUAUGCGGGGAGUCGUCCUCAAGGAAUACCUCACACCUAAAGCUUUUGUGGCCAAAGUAGUAAGCCUGACAGCUGGUCUGGGAAGUGGGAUACCUGUUGGGAAAGAGGGCCCCUUUGUGCACAUUGCUAGCAUCUGUGCCGCCGUGCUGAGCAAAUUCAUGUCCAUCUUUUGCGGCGUAUACGAGCAGCCAUAUUAUUACACAGAUGUCCUGACCGUGGGAUGUGCCGUCGGGGUUGGCUGUUGCUUCGGGACUCCCCUCGGAGGUGUCCUCUUCAGCAUCGAAGUGACUUCCACCUACUUUGCAGUCCGGAACUACUGGCGGGGGUUCUUCGCGGCCACGUUCAGUGCCUUUGUUUUCCGAGUUUUUGCUGUCUGGAACAAAGACGCAGUCACCAUCACAGCCUUGUUCCGAACCAACUUUCGGAUGGAUUUCCCUUUCGACCUGCAGGAGCUGCCCGCCUUUGCCGUCAUCGGGAUUUGCUGUGGGUUCCUGGGAGCGUUUUUUGUUUACUUCAAUCGGCAGGUGGUUCUGUCUGUCCGACGACAUACGGCUCUAAGUAAAUUCCUAACCAAAUAUCGCCUUAUCUAUCCAGGGGUUAUAACCUUCGUGAUAGCAUCUCUGACAUUCCCUCCUGGCUUUGGGCAGUUUAUGGCUGGAGAGCUGAUGCCCAGAGAAGCCAUUAGCAGCCUUUUUGAUAACUACACUUGGGUCAAGCAUACAGAAGACCCCCAGAUCCUGGGGAAGUCUGCAGUCUGGAUCCAUCCCAAAGUCAGCGUGUUUGUGAUCAUCCUUCUCUUCUUCCUCAUGAAGUUCUGGAUGUCGGUCGUCGCCACCACCAUGCCGAUCCCUUGCGGAGGCUUCAUGCCUGUAUUUGUGCUGGGGGCUGCCUUUGGACGCCUGGUGGGUGAAAUCAUGGCCUGGCUUUUCCCUGACGGGAUAAUCUUUGAUGGCAUCAUUUACAAAAUCUUACCUGGAGGUUAUGCGGUGAUCGGUGCCGCGGCUCUAACAGGCGCAGUGAGCCACACAGUGUCUACGGCGGUGAUUUGCUUUGAGCUGACGGGACAGAUCUCUCACAUUCUGCCCAUGAUGGUGGCAGUCAUCCUGGCCAACAUGGUGGCCCAGAGUUUGCAGCCAAGCCUGUACGACAGCAUCAUUCAAGUAAAGAAGCUGCCCUACCUGCCGGACUUGGGCUGGAAUCAAAUCAGCAAAUACAACAUCUUUGUCGAGGAUAUUAUGGUGUGUGAUGUGAAGUUCAUCUGGUCUAACUGCAAAUACCGGGAUCUGCAGUCUCUGCUCCAGAGUACAACUAUCAAGACCUUUCCUCUGGUGGAUUCUCCAGAGUCCAUGAUUCUCUUGGGCUCGGUGGAGCGCCCAGAGCUCCAGGGUCUUCUUCUCAGGCACCUCAGCCCGGAGCGACGUCUGCGCCUUGCCAAGGAGAAGCUCCAGGAGCCAGACGAGGCACCACACGACGAGAGGCCCGCAUGGAAGCACGAAUCCUUCGCUUUUGUGGACGAGGACGAGGAUGAAGAGGAGAAGACCGAACUGCCUCGUCUACCCCCAUUAGCCUCUUGUCACCCAGAAGAACCUAAUGGCCCUGUGACUCCUCGCAAGCCUUUGCCAGAGACACCAGCUCCUCAGGAAACUGCAGUCCAGAGAUGCUGGCGCCUGACACGGCAGCUCCUGUGCUUUUACCACCCUCCGCCUCAACCAGAGCUGGCUGAGCAGGAUUCGACGGACCUUGUCGACACCAUGAAGCCAGAGGAGAUAGAAGCUUGGGAGGAGGAGGAGUUGGAGAAAGAGGUGUGCUUCAAUAGCUGCCGCAUAGACCCUUCUCCCUUUCAGCUGGUGGAGAGAACAUCCCUGCAUAAGACACAUACCUUGUUCUCUUUGCUGGGCCUCACCCAUGCCUACGUAACCAGCAUGGGGAAGCUGAAAGGCGUGAUUGCGUUGCCAGAGCUCCAGAAAGCGAUUGAGGGCUCCACGAGCUCUGGCGUCCAGUUGCGCCCUCCCCUCGCCAGCUUCCGUGAUGCCACCCAGACCUCAGGCAAGGUGCAGGAUAAAUGGGCCACACAGUCAUGGAGCAAGCCCAACAGCAACAUGGCUCCUGAGGGAACCACAGUGGACUUGGAGACGGAUACCUCAGUGGCCCCCGGCUGUCCGUACCCACAACCGUCCCCCAGCCCAAAGGACCGGAAAGGGACACGCUCGGUAUCGGUGGCCGAUAUGGAACUGGAGGAAAUGGAGCGGGCCGGCCCAGCUGCUGAGAACAUCUCAGACAUCCUGAAGGACCUCGACCUGCGCUCCUCGGACCUGACUGAGGAUGAGGAGGAUGAAGAUGUCCCGCUAUAAUUGUAUAGGGA